AUGGAAACGUGCAUGAACCUUCAACCACAACCUCGACCAAAACGAAUAUUGGGAGGAUGGGAUAAUGUUAUUAAUGAGGUAAUUGAAUGUAAUAAAAAUAUAAAAAAUGAAAAAGAAAAGAUUAAAGAAACUGCUCAUGAAAUUGCUAUAGAUGCAGUAAAAGAAAAAGAAGAAUGGGAAAGAAAAUCAAAUAAAGAGAAAUUAAUGAAUGGCAUUAAAAUUGCACAAACUAUAUCAUAUUAUAUUCAAAACUAUUGGGAAGCUAUUGGAGGUUGGAAAAUGAUGAGUGGAGAUAAAAAGAAAAUAAAUGAACAUUCACAAUAUAAAGAAGUAAUAGAAAUUUUUAAAAGUUGCCCACUUCCUAAUGAAAACGAUGUUAAAGAAGAUCCAAUGAAUAUACUUAAAAAAAUUGGUGGAUUAACAAAAAACCAAAUGGCUGAAGUUGUUAAUACAGUUGAGUCUGUUAAAAGAUGUCAAAUAAAUACAAAAGAAGAUAUAUGUAUUGUUGAAGAAAUUAAGGCGGCGAUUGUGUUAUAUAAAGAAACUCCUCCAAUUAUCGAAGUAUUCAAUAAUUUUAAUGGAGAAAAAUUACCAGUACUAAUUGUUUUAAAAGAUGAAUGUACUAAAACUAGUAUUGUUGAUUUAUUACCAUGUUUUGCUAAAUAUUCACAAGUAAUUGCAUUAAAUGAUUCAGAUGAAGAAACUAUUGGAAGAGUUGCAAAUGGAAUAUCUGAUGUAAUAAUUGUAACUCAUUCAAUAUUAAAACAAUGUUUAAAACAAAUAAGUCAACGUAAAUUUGAUUUAAUAGUUUAUGAAAAUGAAUUAACAGAAUCAAAUGAUUUAAAUACACCAAUAUUAUUGACAAAUCUUCAGUAUGAUUCUUUAGUACUUUUUAUUACAUCUUUACAACCUUGUUUUCCUCGACACCUUUCAUUAUUAUUUCCUAAUGAUUUACCAACAACAUUUUGGCAAAGAUGUAAUACUUCUCAUAUAGAGUCAUUAGCUCAAUUAUUACGUUCAUUAAUAUUAACAGUUUCAGUUCAUCCUCCUUCAACAUUAAGACAAAUAAAUGCUCCUCGUCCAUUAAAAUUAAUUAAACCAAAAGAAUUUAAUAGUCCACCUAAAUUAGAAAUACCUCAAUUUCCAGAAUUUCUUGUUAUUAGAUCAAAUAUUCAAUCAAAAAAAUUUGAUAUUAAAAGUUCAGAUAAUCAACGAUUAAAUAAUGUAAUGGAUGAAAUUAUUUUAAAAAGAAAAAUAAUUCCUUUAGAAACAAUACGUCUUCCACAAUUACCUAAAGUAAAUUUAUUAGACUCUUUAAGAAGAUGUCAAUCAUUACAACCAUUAUUAGAUAUUAUUGAUUCAUUAAUUAGAAAUAAACAAAGGUUUGCAGUUGUAACACAAAACAUAAGGUUUAUUUGUAUGGUAUUACAUGCACUACAAAUUAUUCGACCAACACCAAUUAUUAUUCUUAAAAAAUUUGAAGAUACUUCAGUAUUAGCAGGAAUAUAUAAAAUUAAAGGAGGAUGUAUUAUUGUAUCAGAUGAAUGUGUUGAUGCUUUAAGAUAUUUUACUGUAGAAUCAGUUAUAUUAAUGAAGUCAAGUAUUGGACUUGAAAUUAAAAGUAUUGUUGGAGCAGUUGAUGUAAUAUUAGUUGGAGAAAAAAUAAAUAAUCAAAUAUUACCAACAAUAAAUGAAAAAAAAGAAAAAAAAAUAGAUGAAUUUGCAAGAAAUCAUUAUAUUCCAUGUGAACGAGUUGUUCAAAUUUCAAAAGAAAAAUUAGUUGAAAGUAUAUUAGAUAAUUUAUAUCAUUAUAAAAAUCAAAAAGAAAUUAAUAUCUCUUCUUCUUGUAAUGAAGCUAAAGAAGAAAAUGUAAAUACUUUAUCUAUUAAAAACAACAAACCUGAUAUUUCUUUUAUUAAUAUCCCUCCAAUCUCUUCUCAACCUCCUUUAAUAAAUACUGUUUCUACCUCUUCUAAUAGGAAUAUUCCAAGUCCAUUAAAUGAACAUAAAAAUAUUAAAUUACCAUUAAUAUCUACUUCAUUACAACAACCAAUUCCUCUUACAACACCACCACAAGAAUUAGAAACAAAUCCAAUAAUUAAUAAUAAUAUUUGGGAUAAUGAAAUACAAAAAAUUGAAAAGAAAAUAACAAAAAAAAUAGAAGAUAUUAAAAAAGAAGAAAAAAUAUUAGAUAUUAUUAAUAAACUUAAAAAAUAUAAAGAAAAAGAAUUCUUAAAAGAAAAUGAUGUUUUUAAACCAAAAGAAAAUUCUAGAGAUGGUUUAAAACAAAUUGAAAUUCCUUCUUUAUUAUUUAAAUAUACUCCUUCUAAGUAUGAACCUUGUACUGAAUUAAAGAAAUUAAAUAUUCCUAUUAUUGAAUUAAAUCAAAUACAAACUUUCUAUUUAAAUCCUUUGUUUAUUCAUUUAGCACACUCAGAUUAUAGAAAACGUACUAAUGACAUGUUACCAAAAAAAUCUUUAAAAUCUUCAUCGUAUGCUCAAACUCAUCCAAUAGGUCCUCAAGGUCCUAUUAGAAUUGAACAAGCAAUGCAAUAUCAAACUAGAAGACCUAUUGGAACUGGUCCUGGUGGUGUAGCUAUUCCUAUGACAAGAUAUGUUCAAUUAAAUCCUGUUUAUGCUGGAGUUCCUCAAUUUAAUGCUGCAAUUCCAAUUAUGACACCUUCAAUUAAUCAAACUGUUCCUCAAGGAUUAGCUCAACCAGUAAUACCUCCAUUAGCUCCUGGAAUUACUGGAAUAUCAAGACCAGUAGGAUAUGGUGGUAAAUUAAUAAAUGGAUUUAAUAUUCCUCCACCACAACCAGACGCAGCACAGGUUGGUCUUCGCCCUAUGACUACCUAUCAAAACCAAAGACAACCACAAAUUUCAACAGUAACUCCAGUUUUUGUACCUAAAAAAAAGAAUUAA